UGACGUUGUGGACGUGUCAUUUGUGGACAGCUCGUUGGCGGCGUUGCGCAGCCUCUUUUCGCAAAGUCCUAUUGGAGUGUUACUAAUGAACAAAAGUUGAAUGGUUUUAGUCGAAUUGAUCAGUUGAUAAUUUAGUUAGGAUAGUAAAAUCGCAAUAAAUCAAAAUGGGAAUUAAAUUCCUUGAAGUUAUAAAGCCGUUUUGCAGUAUAUUGCCGGAGAUAGCAAAACCUGAGAGAAAGAUUCAAUUCCGUGAAAAAGUAUUAUGGACUGCAAUAACAUUAUUUAUUUUCUUAGUAUGUUGUCAGAUUCCCUUAUUCGGUAUAAUGUCAUCAGAUAGUGCAGAUCCAUUCUAUUGGAUCCGUGUAAUCCUAGCAUCAAACAGAGGAACACUCAUGGAACUUGGUAUCUCACCAAUUGUCACAUCAGGUCUCAUUAUGCAGUUAUUAGCAGGCGCAAAAAUAAUUGAAGUUGGUGACACUCCUAAAGACAGAGCUUUGUUCAAUGGUGCUCAAAAAUUGUUUGGCAUGGUAAUAACAGUCGGCCAAGCGAUCGUGUACGUAAUGACGGGAAUGUAUGGCGAGCCCAGUGAGAUCGGUGCUGGCGUGUGUUUGCUUAUCAUUAUCCAGCUGUUCGUAGCUGGUUUGAUUGUGCUGUUACUGGAUGAGCUUCUGCAAAAAGGAUAUGGUCUGGGCUCUGGUAUUUCACUGUUCAUUGCCACAAAUAUUUGUGAAACUAUCGUCUGGAAAGCAUUCUCACCUGCUACCGUCAAUACUGGUCGCGGCACAGAGUUCGAAGGAGCCGUGAUAGCGCUGUUCCACUUGCUCGCCACCCGCCCUGACAAAGUUCGUGCACUGCGCGAGGCUUUCUACCGUCAAAAUCUGCCCAAUUUGAUGAAUCUCCUUGCAACAGUACUCGUGUUUGCUAUCGUCAUAUACUUCCAGGGCUUCCGCGUGGACCUGCCAAUCAAGUCGGCCCGGUACCGUGGACAGUACUCGUCAUAUCCAAUCAAAUUGUUCUACACAUCGAACAUUCCCAUUAUCUUGCAAUCGGCACUCGUAUCCAACUUAUAUGUUAUAUCUCAAAUGCUUGCGGUGAAGUUCAGCGGUAACUUCCUGGUCAAUUUACUGGGAGUAUGGGCGGAUGUGGGAGGCGGUGGCCCGGCCCGCGCUUAUCCAGUAGGCGGGUUGUGCUACUACUUCAGUCCCCCGGAGUCUCUCGCGCACAUCGCUCACGAUCCGCUCCACGCUGUUCUCUACAUCAUCUUCAUGCUCGGCUCAUGCGCAUUCUUCUCUAAGACGUGGAUUGAUGUCUCCGGAUCUUCAGCAAAGGAUGUUGCCAAACAGCUGAAAGAACAACAGAUGGUUAUGCGCGGCCAUCGAGAUAACUCAAUGAUACACGAGCUGAACCGAUACAUCCCGACGGCAGCCGCUUUCGGAGGUCUCUGUAUUGGAGCACUCUCAGUUCUGGCUGACUUCCUCGGCGCCAUCGGCUCAGGCACCGGUAUCCUGCUCGCCGUUACCAUCAUCUACCAGUACUUCGAGAUAUUCGUCAAGGAACAGGCGGAGAUGGGCGGCAUGAGUACGCUUCUCUUCUAAGUAGGAUAAAUUCUCCGCCGCGGCGAACGCGGCGCUUGCGUUUUUAUUUAGUAAGGUUUUAUUUUGUACCACUGGGGCGCAGCGUUCGUCUCGGCGCAGUGUGUGCGUGCGUUACGCGUGUGUGGGUUAUAUGCUAAUUUAUAUGAGAUGAACUUUAUAAUAAAAUUUACGAGAAGUACACUUUGUUUUUGUCGAUAGUCCACUAUUAAUGUCCUUCCGAGCAAAUCUAUUACAUUUUUGAUAUAUAUAUUGUUGUUCAUAGUUUUUAAGCGUUCGUUUAUAAUUAUUACGAUCCAACUUUGUUAAGUUAAUCUUACAAAACUUAAUUUUAUGUUUAAGUUCGUGUUGGAUUAUGUAGGACGUUGUGAAAACAGUGAUUUGUAUAUAAGUUGUGAUUGUUCUUUUAGUAAGCAUAUCGUGACGUGCGUAUCCCUAACAUUGGAUAGCGACUGGUCGAAGUGGUCAUUUUACCACACCACACAUGACAGUUAAUUAAAAUAUUUUAG